UUUCUCCACUACAGGAAACGGCCUGGUCUCCCCCUCCUUUCUCUCUCCCUCGCUACAAUGGCGGCGCGCAAGGAAACAGCAGCAGCACCGGUGGCUACGCUAUCUCUGGAUUCCCAGGUUAAACGGAUCCAGAUAGAUGGACUGGUGGUGCUAAAGAUCAUCAAGCACUACCAUGAAGAGGGUCAGGGCAGUGAAGUGGUGCAGGGAGUCCUGCUGGGACUGGUGGUGGACGACCGGCUGGAGAUCACCAACUGCUUCCCCUUCCCUCAGCACACCGAGGAUGACGCCGACUUUGAUGAAGUUCAGUACCAGAUGGAGAUGAUGAGGAGCCUCCGUCACGUCAACAUUGACCACCUUCACGUCGGCUGGUACCAGUCCACCUACUACGGCUCCUUCGUCAGCCGAGCUCUGCUGGACUCCCAGUUCAGCUAUCAGCACGCCAUAGAGGAGUCUGUGGUGCUUAUUUACGAUCCCAUCAAGACGGCGCAAGGCUCCCUGUCCCUCAAGGCCUACAGGUUAACCCCCAAACUGAUGGAUAUCUACAAAGAGAAAGACUUCUCUCCAGAGGGGCUGAAGAAGGCGAACCUCGGCUUCGAGCAGAUGUUUGAGGAAGUGCCCAUCAGCAUCAAAAAUUCCCACCUGAUGAACGUUCUGAUGUGGGAGCUGGAGGACAGGAGCACCGUGUCUGACAAGCACGAGCUGCUCAGCCUGUCUAGCAGUAACCAUCUGGAGAAGAGCCUGCAGAUGCUGAUGGACCGCGUGGACGACAUGAGCCAGGACAUCGUCAAGUUCAACACCUUCUGCCGCAACAACAGCAAGCAGCAGCAGCAGAAGCACCAGUACCUGCAGCGGCGGCAGCAGGAGAAUGCCCAGCGGCAGAGUCGCGGUGAACCGCCGUUGCCGGAGGAAGAUAUCAGCAAGAUGUUCAAGCCUCCGCAGCCUCCUCCACGCAUGGACACGCUUCUCAUCGCAGGACAAAUCAACAACUACUGUCAGAACGUGAAGGAGUUCACCUCGCAGAACCUCGGCAAGCUGUUCAUGGCGGAAGCUCUGCAGGAGCGCAGCAGCAGCAGCAGCACCACCAGCACCACCACCACCACCAGCACCACCAGCAGCUGAGGAGCGGCUGGGUUUUAAUUUUAGGGCCUGAUGAGUGUACACUGCCAAACCUCUAACGCCCGGCCUGAUCUCUCCUAAGUGCACAUUAAGGCACGCUCACGUGACCCUGUAGGAUCAGUGGUAACUAUUGUUUGUUAAUGAAACAUUGCUAAUAAAAGGUGUGCAUCUCA